AUGUCCCGACCCCUCCUCUCCUCAUUACGGAGACCCAUUCUCUCUCGUCACAUCAUUCGACCGACCUCGAUUCCUUCGGUACGACAUGCGUCAACAACAACUUCCGGACCUCGACGCUUCCUCUCUUCUACCUUGUUCGUUGCGGGUGGUGUGCUAUUAAUAGCGUACUACUAUGAUUCGAGAUCAUUACUUCAUGAACAUGUUGUUAUGCCUGUCGUCAGAUUCGGCUUGGAUCCUGAGGAAGGUCAUAAGUUAGCUGUCAGGAUUCUGAGCUGGGAUAAAUGGGCCAGACCAAGAGAUAUGGGUGUGGACGCCAAGGAAUUACAAGCUGAGCUCUUUGGAAUCCCAAUCCAAAAUCCUGUUGGAAUAGCUGCUGGUUUCGAUAAAGACGCAGAUGCGAUCGACGGUUUAUUUGAUCUUGGAUUCGGUUAUGUUGAAGUAGGAAGUGUAACACCUGAACCUCAACCUGGAAAUCCCAAACCUAGAUUUUUCAGACUGGAAGAAGAUUCAGCCGCGAUAAACAGAUAUGGAUUUAAUUCAUUAGGACAUGGAUAUACAUUAUCUAAACUAAGAUCUAGAUUAAUAUCAUUUUCACAAACACAUCCAUCAUUAUUCCCUUCACCAUUAUCGAAAAACCCAUCACCACCAAAAGGAUUACCUAGAUCAUUAAGACCAGGUCAACUAUUAGCUGUCAAUCUAGGUAAAAAUAAAACAUCAAGUGCAGAUUCAAAUGAAGAUUACAUAAAAGGUGUUAGGACGCUUGGACCAUACGCUGAUGUCGUCGUUAUAAACGUUUCAAGUCCAAAUACACCUGGAUUACGAGCUUUACAAGGUAAACAAAUAUUAGAAAAUCUGUUAAAAGAUGUAGUGUCCGAAAGAAACAAAAUAGCUUCUCAAGAUGGUUUGCCUAAAAUCGCAGUUAAAGUAGCAAGUGAUUUAUCCGAAGAUGAAUUAGCAGAUGUAGCUUCUGCAGUCAGAGGUAGCGGAGUUGAAGGCAUCAUCAUCUCAAAUACUACUGUAAAGCGAAAAGAGCUUGAUUUGAACUCAUCGAGACAAGAUGAAAUAGGUGGAUUAUCAGGAAAACCUCUAUUCCCAUAUGCGUUAAAAGCGUUGAAGACACUUCGACCAUUAUUACCACCUUCGAUACCUAUAAUUGGUUGUGGCGGAGUAUCAACAGGAGAAGAUGCAUUAUUGAUGGCUAGGGCAGGAGCUUCUUUGAUUCAAGUUUAUACUUCAUUCGGAUAUAGAGGUGUUGGUACACCAAGAUUGAUCAAAGAUGAGAUAACAACUCAUCUGAUUGAAUCAAAGUCAAGCUGGAAAAACGAAAUUGGAAAAGACUGGAAAUCUGGCGGUUCGACAUCAUCAUCAUCAAUGGGCUGGGAUAUGACUGUCAAUAAAUUGAAACAACAAUCUGAUCAAAUCAAAGAAGAAGCUAAAAGCUUAGCCGAUUUACUUAAACAAUUAAGUGAUAAAGAAUCAAUGGCCGACCUGAUUUCACAAGCUGAAAAAGCUUUAGGAUUAUCCUCUUCCUCGUCAUCAUCUUCUCCUUCUUCGUCAUCGCCUUCUUCCUCCAAUGUCGAUGGUUCCAAUCCUUCAGUCACUGUCUCAAACGGUAUUGGUGGACCAAGAGAUAACCUAGCUGGAGCAUCAUCAUCAGGAACGGGACAAGGUGUUAUCGGGAAUGAAUCAGAUGACGUAGCUAGUGGAUUGAUCGAGUCUGGAGGUGCUAAUACCCGAUCUAUCGAAUCAAAUUCUCCUCAAGAACAAUCAUCAAAUCAAACACCCUCUACAUCUGCGGAAUCACAAGCCGAUAACGGUGUAGGAGCACCUUCCAUUCAACAAGCUUUACUUUCCACCCCUGCAGCCAUCGAUCUGACGCCCCAAGUAAUCGUGGAUAGCCCAGUGAUACCAGAACCUACCUUGGAUGAAAGGGAUAAUCAAUGGUCUCAAGCCGUUAAGACUGGACAAAGGAGGCUCGUAUAG